GCGUGCCUCAUACGUACAUGGAGUAUUUUCUUUCUUGUUGGAGUACCUCGUUGAGCAAAAAUGGAAGUCGGAAGAAAGGAAGUGAUUGAUGGAGCAGAAGCAGAUGCAUAUGCAGCACAACAAGCAGCAGUGGAAUUGGAAUUGGCAAGGAAGAGAUGCAGAUUUGUGAUAGGGCGGAUUGAGGGAUUGCCAGCUCCUACCAACAUCAAACGCACUCUUCUCAAACUGGUUGACUCCGAACUCAUUUUUCUCUCCCGCUCCUCCUCCGCCGCCUCCUCCUCCACUUCUUCAACUCCCCUCACCAACAUCAAGAGUGUCAAUAUCGGACACAUCGAGGCAGUUGUUCACAUUCUCCGGCAGCCCUUCAUUACUGGGGUUUCUCGCGUUUGCAAGCCAAUCCCUUUCUCAACCUUAGCCCCAGUUGCACAGCAAACCGACCCUUGUGUCAACCACAAACACGUCCAUGUUGAUAUAGUUUGCACACUCCAUGGGAACCCUGUCUGGAUUGUUGUCUCCGACAGGAACCCUAAAUACAUUACUUGGACUGGCUUCCGAUCCCCUUCCCAUCAUAAGAGUAGGGGCUUAAAAUUGCGUAUUCAGCAACUCACUGCUGCUGCCCGCUCUGCUGUGGCACUCAAACCUUCCUCGAUUAUUCUUUUCUUCUCAUACCGAAACGGUCUUAGCAGCGUUAUUUGUGAUAGACUAAAAGAGGAGUUUGGGGCAACUGAGUUUCGAUUGGAUUUUCCUAUUUUAGACUUUGAUUUUGAUUUAUCCGAGGAACCUGGUGACUGGACUAAUGUACUUGCCGCAAGAACGUUUCAACAGGCUUGUGUAUUUGAAAUAAAGGUUAAUGAUCCAAGGGACACUGUUUUCAGUUCAGAAUCUGAUGUCAAGGACUCAUGCCUGGGAGAGGUGGCUGCUGAGACUUACCAGGAUCCGUCUGUCUCAAAGGAGGACACUCAAUUUUUCCCUGUUUUCUCUUCUCUGAUUUCAAGAAUGGGAAUUCACUCAUUGGAUGCAAAAAAUGUGGAAUCUGUGAAACUGGGGCGUAUUCUGGGUGAUGGUGAACUUAUUAACUUUGAUACAACUGCUUUGAUUGCUCUUAUAUCGGGUAUUAGUAAUGGUGGUACAGACAAGCUUUUGGCUACUCCAGAAAGUGAAUUGAGGCAGCGGUUUAAGGGUAACUACGAGUUUGUGAUUCAACAGGUGAUGUCUGAGAUUCAGAAUCCAAUUCUUGUUGAACUUGGUCGCGCAAUGUCUGGAAAGAGAGGCAUAAUCUGUGAAAGUGUCCUUUUGGAGUUCAAAGAGUUAGCAUUUAUGUGUGGUGGGCCCAAUGAGAACUUGAGAGCUAGCCAUUUGCUAAAGUAUCUUACGGUUGUUCCUGAUAGUCCCUCUGAACGCAUGAUGAGCCUUCCAACCACUAGAAAACUGGCUUUGAAGAAUAAGGUUGUUUUUGGUACUGGUGAUUCCUGGUGUGCUCCAACUGUAACGGCAAAUAUGGCAUUUGUUAGAGCAAUUUCACAAACUGGGAUGUCCUUGUUUACGAUUGAGCACAGACCGCGGGCUUUGACUGGUGAUUAGUUCUUCUAUGUUGUCCUGAUAUUUAGAAGCCAAACAUGCUUCCAUGGAUGGCAAUGAGAGGUAUUGUUAAUCCACUUUAUAAAUUGAAGUGGUUGGGUCUGUAUCACAUAAGAUGCACCCAGAAUGACUGGAACGUACAGGUGACAAAAUCCAUCAGGUGUUCUGGUUAGUUCAAGUUGAAACUGAUCCUGCAGGUCAGUUCAAGUUCUGAUUAUGUGAUUCACUCUGCUCGUAGAUCCUUCUAGUUAUAUAUUUUUAACUAUUGUAGGACACAUGACAUGACAUUUUAUCGAUAGACAUGACUCUAUGUAGAUCUGUACACCAUUACAUAUAAAAUACUUUUUUAUUUCCGUCACAACUCAA